AUGGCGGCCAAACAGCGUGAUCAGUAUGACGAGCACUUCGACGAGGGUCAUUCCGGGAAGGAUCAUUUUGUGCAUGCAAGAUUGCGGGCGAACAGCACCAUCAUGAACUUGAAAAAGAUUCUUGUUGCGAACCGCGGAGAGAUACCCAUUCGUAUCUUCAGAACAGCUCAUGAACUUUCUCUCCAAACCGUCGCUGUCUUCAGCUACGAAGAUCGCUUAAGCGCGCACCGACAGAAGGCUGAUGAGGCUUAUGUCAUUGGGAAACGAGGGCAAUAUACCCCCGUCGGUGCAUAUCUGGCAGGAGAUGAGAUGAUAAAGAUUGCGAAAGAGCAUGACGUUAAUAUGAUACAUCCUGGCUACGGCUUUCUCUCAGAAAACGAGGAUUUCGCAAGGAAAGUUGAGGAGGCAGGAUUAGUCUUCGUCGGGCCAACAGCGGACACAAUCAACAAACUUGGGGACAAGGUAUCAGCAAGAACACUUGCUAUAGCAUCAAAAGUGCCUGUUGUGCCAGGUACGGAGGGACCGGUGGAUAAGUUCGAAGAUGUCAAGUCCUUCACAGAUCAAUAUGGAUUUCCUAUCAUCAUCAAGGCUGCCUUCGGAGGCGGUGGGAGAGGUAUGAGAGUAGUCAGAGAUCAAGAGGGUCUCAAGGAUUCCUUCGAGAGGGCCACGUCUGAAGCAAAAUCAGCUUUUGGCAAUGGGACCGUCUUCGUUGAGAGGUUCCUUGACAAGCCUAAGCAUAUUGAAGUUCAGCUCCUCGGUGAUUCAACCGGCAACGUAGUCCACCUUUUCGAAAGAGAUUGCAGUGUUCAAAGGCGGCAUCAAAAAGUCGUUGAGCUGGCCCCGGCCAAAGAUCUGCCAGUAGAGACUCGAGACGAGAUCCUAGCAGACGCUGUACGAUUGGCUAAAUCUGUUGGUUACCGUAAUGCGGGCACAGCAGAAUUUCUUGUAGAUCAACAGAACAGGCACUAUUUCAUCGAGAUCAAUCCUCGAAUCCAGGUUGAGCACACCAUAACCGAGGAAAUAACCGGAAUUGAUAUAGUCGCUGCUCAAAUACAGAUAGCUGCUGGAGCAACGUUGGAGCAGCUUGGUCUUACCCAAGAUCGAAUAUCCAUCAGAGGCUUUGCAAUCCAGUGCAGAAUUACCACCGAAGACCCUGCUAAUGGGUUUUCCCCCGAUACUGGCAAAAUUGAGGUCUAUCGCUCUGCUGGCGGUAACGGCGUUCGCUUGGAUGGUGGCAACGGGUUUGCUGGUGCCAUAAUUACACCAUACUACGAUUCCAUGCUCGUCAAGUGCACCUGUCUAGCCUCGACCUACGAAAUUGUACGAAGAAAAAUGCUUCGCGCCCUCGUAGAAUUUCGCAUCCGUGGGGUCAAGACGAACAUCCCUUUCCUCGGAUCUCUUCUGACGCAUCCAACAUUUGUUGCAGGGAACUGCUGGACCACUUUCAUAGACGAUACGCCAGAGCUCUUUGCUCUUGUUGGUAGCCAAAACCGGGGUCAGAAACUGCUCAGCUACUUGGGAGAUGUCGCUGUCAAUGGCAGUAGCAUCAAGGGUCAAAUUGGUGAACCCAAGCUCAAGACAGAAAUCAUCAUGCCUCAGCUAUAUGAUCAGAGCCACAAUUUGAUAGACACUUCAAUUCCGUGCAAGGAGGGAUGGAAAACCGUUCUCGACAAGGAGGGGCCGGCAGCCUUUGCAAAAGCUGUCCGCGCCUACAAAGGUUGUCUCCUCAUGGACACCACAUGGCGUGAUGCACAUCAAUCUCUUUUGGCCACAAGGGUUCGAACUGUUGACCUGCUGAAUAUCGCCAAUGAAACUAGCCACGCGUAUAGCAACUGCUUCAGUCUUGAAUGCUGGGGAGGAGCCACGUUUGACGUUGCGAUGCGAUUCCUCUAUGAAGAUCCUUGGGAUAGACUACGAAAGAUGCGACGCGCAAUUCCAAAUAUCCCUUUUCAGAUGCUACUUCGGGGCGCCAAUGGAGUUGCGUAUUCGUCCUUACCGGACAACGCAAUAUAUCACUUCUGUGAACAGGCAAAGAAAUAUGGAGUCGACGUCUUUCGGAUAUUUGACGCUCUAAAUGACAUCAAUCAGCUAGAAGUCGGCAUCAAAGCUGUGCAGAAAGCCGGUGGUGUGGUUGAAGGGACCGUCUGCUACAGCGGUGACAUGCUGAAUCCCCAUAAGAAGUACAACCUUGAGUACUAUCUCGAUCUUGUAGCGAAGAUUGUGGAAUUAGGUGCUCAUGUCAUUGGCAUCAAGGACAUGGCAGGCGUCCUCAAACCGCGAGCCGCCACGCUCUUGAUUGGUUCUAUCAGGGAGAAAUACCCAGACAUUCCCAUUCACGUUCACACCCACGACUCAGCAGGAACCGGUGUUGCCACCUAUGUCGCUUGUGCGAACGCCGGUGCUGACGCAGUGGACACAGCGACUGACAGUAUGUCUGGCAUGACUUCUCAGCCGAGCGUAGGUGCAACAUUAGCAUCUUUACAAGGCUCAGGGCUGGAGCCGGGCUUGGACAUCAAUCAAGUCCGAGCAAUAGAUUCCUACUGGGCUCAAUUGCGCUUACUCUACUCUCCAUUCGAAGCUGGCUUGACGGGCCCAGACCCUGAGGUUUACGAACAUGAAAUCCCAGGUGGUCAGCUUACCAACUUGAUUUUCCAGGCCUCGCAGCUCGGUUUAGGUACUCAAUGGGCAGAGACAAAGAAGGCUUAUGAGCAAGCGAACGACUUGCUGGGCGACAUUGUCAAAGUCACUCCAACUUCGAAAGUAGUUGGAGACCUGGCACAGUUCAUGGUUUCUAACAAGCUCUCUUAUGAUGACGUGCAGAAGAAAGCCAAGGAACUUGACUUUCCAGGUUCCGUUUUGGAAUUCUUUGAAGGCUUGAUGGGUCAGCCUUACGGUGGCUUCCCUGAGCCUUUACGUUCGGAUGCUUUGCGUGGUCGUAGAAAGCUCGAUAAGCGACCUGGCCUGACCCUCGAGCCGCUGGACCUUGCCAAGAUCAAGAAAGACAUCAACGCCCGGUUUGGUAGCGCGAGCGAAUGUGAUGUCGCUUCCUACGCUAUGUAUCCUAAAGUGUUCGAAGACUACCGCAAAUUUGUGCAGAAGUAUGGUGACCUCAGUGUGCUUCCCACACGGUUUUUCCUCACCAAGCCGGAGAUUGGGGAGGAGUUCCAUGUUGAACUCGAGAAAGGCAAGGUCCUCAUCCUCAAGCUUCUGGCUAUCGGUCCAUUGUCUGAGAACACGGGACUGCGAGAGGUAUUCUACGAGAUGAACGGAGAAGUGCGACAAGUGACAGUCGAGGACAAAAAAGCGGCAGUAGAGAAUGUCAGUCGACUCAAGGCAGAUAGCAGCGAUAGCAGCCAGGUGGGAGCACCAAUGUCAGGCGUUGUGGUCGAAGUGCGGGUACACAACGAGGGAGAGGUCAAGAAGGGCGACCCCAUUGCUGUCCUCAGUGCAAUGAAAAUGGAAAUGGUUAUUAGUGCGCCGCACUCGGGCAAAGUUGGCGAAUUGCAGGUGAAGGAAGGGGACUCGGUGGAUAGUCAGGAUUUGGUGUGCAAGAUUCUGAAAUAG